ACUCUUCGGCCGUUGUCUUUCUGGAAUCAGUUGCAAAGGGCGGGUCUUAACUUUCUUCAGAUGAAGCAGUUCAUUUGAAAAAAGAAUGCAGCGACAAAGGUGAUAGAAAUUGCGGCUAUAAUGAUAUGUGGCCGCUGCCCUCCAAUCCUCUCCGGAUUUCUGACAACCGCCACAAGCAAAGAGCAACAGGACCUAUCCUAACUGAAAGCGCAACCAGAAACGCUGCAAUUUUUCCUGGAUGCUCAAUCCAGCAGCAAAGUUGGACUUUGUCCCCUGUCUUGCAAUGCUGCAACUUUUCCAGUUGGUGCAUUUGUCAUCGGUAUCGGACGUAGGCCAGAUCUACGCCCGUUCCUGAUCAUUAUAUUUAUCCUUUCAAAAAAAAAAAAAACCCUUUUCUGGCAUUUAUUUCCUUCAGAAUUCUCAUCCGUGAGAUGCAGUAUAAAAUCCUGAUCAGUAACAGCGCAAGGGAAGCAAGGCCGGGAUGAUUCUCUCAAUCUUCCUGGCACUGCUUUCGGCCUGUGCCAUCGUUAUCCCGAUAGCUCAUGCUUCUACGCUCUUUCAUCGACAUGUCUUGCACCGCCGCUCCUUACAGGGCGGUUGGACAUCGUAUGGCUGCUGGACUGACAAUGCUGGCGCUCGCACGCUUAGCGCUGCUUCCUAUACAAACACGACUGGUAUGACAGUCGAAUCAUGCCUUAGUUUCUGUUCUUCGGGAUCCAACUCGUACAUCUAUGGUGGCGUCGAGUAUGCACAGGAAUGCUAUUGCGGGAAUUACCUUGCUUCGGGUGCUUCUAACGUCAGCAUGUCGGAGUGCGACAUGACAUGCACCGGGAAUGCCUCUGAGUUUUGUGGUGCUGGGGACCGACUGAAUAUUUACUGGAGUGGUGCUCAACCUCCUCCACUGCCUAUCGUCGUCCCCAGCGUUGGCAACUGGAUGUCGCUCGGGUGCUAUAAUGACUCUGCGACAGCGAGGGCUUUGCCAAAUGCUGUGGGUGUAACCGGGCAGGUUACGGUCGAGUCAUGCACUGCAGCAUGCCAGGGCGCUGGGUAUCAAUAUGCAGGGGUUGAAUACGCCGAUGAAUGCUACUGUGGAAUGACUCUGGAUAAUGGUUCCGGACCAACGCCCGAAUCGGGUUGCGACAUGACCUGUGCUGGAAAUUCUUCCGAGUAUUGUGGAGGUCCUGACCGUCUCAACCUGUACAACUACACGGGAACGCUGACAACCACGGAAAACGCUGGCGGUGGAACUGGCUCAGAGUUUUUUGUUACGCCCAAUCUCUCUGGAAAUUGGACCUAUAGCGGCUGCUAUGUGGAUAAUGCUAACGGACGAGUCCUUGGAGACGAGUUGGACAGCAGUUCCAUGACGGUUGAAAGCUGCACUGCUCACUGCACCGCAGACAAUUUCACUAUUGCGGGCCUCGAGUAUAGUACGCAAUGCUUUUGCGGGAACGAACUGAUCGAUGGUGCAACAAAAGCACCUGACAGUGAUUGCAACAUGGCAUGCGGGGGAAAUGCAUCGGAGGCAUGUGGCGCAGGAAAUCGCUUAUCCGUCUACUCUUCUACAGGGAUUAUCACAAUACUUCCUGUACCAACUGUACUGGAAUCGGGGCUCCCAGGCCAAUGGGUGUAUCAGGGUUGUCUUUCUGAACCGGCUCCCGGAUCACACUAUUUCCCCUACGAGAAUGAUUGGACCAACAAUAACACAGUUGAGGCUUGUCUGAACCAAUGUGCUGCCUUUGGCUACCCAGCAGCUGGGUUGGAAUAUGGCGAGCAAUGCUUCUGCGGGGACGUCAGCGAUGUAGUUGAUGGCACCUUUGUCUCGGACUCCGAAUGCAAUAUGCCUUGCUCGGGAGACCCAAUUCAUCUUUGCGGUGCAAAUAAUCUAAUGUCCACCUACUACUGGAACGGAACGAUGAACGUCUGGCACACCCCAGAUAAUAUUGGACGUUACGAGUUCCUGAUUGGUGGUUUGGUGGUUCCACUCAUCGCGACGGUCGGAAUCAACAAUAAGGUCACGUUCCUCGAAAAAUAUCCGACCUCAGAAUUUGCGAACUCUACUGGAGCUUACGAGCUGGACAUAAGUCUAGUAGACAACUAUUUGUUGGCCUGGCGUGAGAUGCAUGUCAAGUCAGACGUAUUCUGUUCGGGCAGUAUCAUCCUUCCAGACAAGAGUGCACGUCAAAUUAACGUAGGAGGGUGGUCACUUGAAUCCACUUACGGAGUCAGGUUGUAUACCCCCGACGGUCAGCCAGGUGUCAAUGGGACGAAUGACUGGGAGGAAAACGCGAACGAACUAACACUCCAGAGAGGUCGCUGGUACCCAACAGCGAUGAUGAUGCCCAACGGAAGCAUUCUCGUGGUCGGGGGUGAGACUGGUAGCAAUGGUCCUCCUCAACCGAGUCUGGAAGUCCUGCCCGCGCCACCGGGAGGUGACACAGUCAUCACUCUCGAUUAUCUGCAACGCACGGAUCCAAAUAAUCUGUAUCCAUUCUUGAUGGUUCUUCCAAGUGGUCGUUUCUUCAUUGGAUAUUACAACGAGGCGCGCAUAUUGGACCCCGUCACAUUUGAUACGGUGACAGUCUUACCGAAUAUACCUGGGGCAGUCAACAAUUUUCUGGCGGGGCGCACGUACCCGAUGGAGGGAAGUGCCGUCUUACUCCCCCAGCAUGCUCCAUACACGGACACAAUAGAAAUAUUGAUAUGUGGUGGUUCAACCCCCGGAGCAGCUAUAGCUUUGGAUAACUGCGUCACCAUUACCCCUGAGGCGUCAAAUCCCACUUGGACAAUUGAAAGGAUGCCAUCAAAGCGAGUGAUGCCUUGCAUGGUCACAUUACCGGAUGGGACGUACAUGAUCUUAAAUGGUGCCCACCAGGGUGUCGCUGGGUUUGGCCUUGCCUCCGAUCCUAACCUCAGUGCUCUCCUCUACGACCCUUCUCAGCCAGUUGGUCAACGCAUCUCUAUCUUGAAUUCGACGAUUGUCGCAAGGUUGUAUCACUCCGAAGCGACCCUUCUUCCUGAUGGCCGAGUUCUCGUGUCUGGUUCGGACCCUGAGACGAACUACCCGAACGGCACCGCUGUCUACCCUGAGGAGUUCCGUAUUGAAGUAUAUAUUCCUCCGUACCUUAACCAAGGGUUCCGCCAACCUGAAUUCACCAUUGCGGAGACGGACUGGGCUCUUGGGGGACAAUACGAUAUCGUCGUUACCCUCUACCAGGGAACAACAUCCACAAUGCAGGUGUCUCUCAUUGCAGCUUCCUCCAGUACUCACGGGAAUGUUAUGAGCGGUGGUCGCAUAAUCUUCCCCGAGUUUUCGUGUUCCGGGAACAGCUGUACAAUCACAGCUCCUCCCAACGCGUUUGUCUGCCCUCCAGGCUGGCAUCAGCUGUUCAUCCUCGAUGGGCCAACACCAUCUCAUUCGGCAUGGGUACGCAUCGGAGGCGACCCAGCCCAGCUGGGCAAUUGGCCAGACUACCCGGAUUUCACCACGCCAGGUGUAUGAUCGCGGCGCAAAAACUGGAGUACCCACUGUCAUUAUUCACGUAUAUAUUGAUUUCUAUUUUUGUGUCGUGUUAGUCUUGUGUACAGCGAAGCGUCGUUGGUUUUCCAAGUCAUUAAGUUUA